AUGGAAACGGAAUUUAAAUUUGACCCUGAUGAUUAUAUCCGCAAAUUAACGGAAUUCAUGUUUUCGGAUUCCGACGACUCCGCGAACCAGAUUCAUGAACUCGUUGAAAAGGUUUGGAGCCUUCCAUCAGAAACGAAUUUCCAUUCGGAAGCGUAUUCAACCGACUGCUCGACAUCUAGUUCAAAACUAGGUAGCUCAUUGAUUGGAGCAAAACGAAUAUCGGGAACUCAACGACUCUCGAAUUUUCCGGGAAUCAAAAAACCCACCGAAGUUGAUAUUAUUGCAAAACCGGGAACAACUUUAACAGUUCCGCCGCUACCGAAAAAAGCCAAAAAAGUUGUGCCAGUUAUUGAUGAUUCCAUCACUGGAACUUCCGAUCAGCCGUGUAAAACUUGCAAUGGUGUAUCGAUGGCUGCAAAUAUGGUGUUAUCGUGCAAUGGAUGCAAAGAGUCAUACCAUAUGAAGUGUAAUCAGCCUCCAAUUACCCCUGAAGAAGCGUCAAACGCCAGGUUCAUCUUUUUAUGCACAAGCUGUCAGAAUCCAAGGCACAUGACGAAGCCGUCUUCGCGAUCAUCAAGUCCUCUAACAAAAGCGGAAGUUCCGGAGAAGAAAUUCAAAAAGUUGGACAAAAAAGUGUUCAAUGAGUCUUUGGAAGAAUUUAAGAAAAAAAAGCAAAUUAAGCAAUCGCCAAUAAAGCCGUCGGGAAAUUAA